CAUUGGGUCUUCGUUGCUAGCGCGGGCUUUUCUCUAGUUGCAGAAACCGGGGGCUACUCUUCGUUGCAGAGCAUGGGCUUCAGCAGUUGUGGCAUGCGGGCUCAGUAGUUGUGGCACGCAGGCUUAGUUGCUCCGCAGCAUGUGGGAUCUUCCUGGACCAGGGCUCGUACCCGUGUCCCCUGCAUUGGCAGGUGGAUUCUUAACCACUGCACCACCAGGGAAGCCCUAAAAGUUCUUUUUAAAAGAUAACAUGAUGAAAUCACAGUUGCGUUAUGAUUUUGUAAAUAUCUCAGGUGAGUCCUUUUAUAUUAGAAGAAGAAUUUUUUAAAGCACCUGGGAAAGGAACCAUGGACUGCACUCUUCUGCUUAUCUUCUUGGCACAGCCAGUCCUUAACCUGAGAAAACUCAAUACAUUCUAGACUGUCCUGAAAGCCUACAGUUAAACAUUAGAGUGUGAAGGGACCUUCAUGGUGGUCCACAGUUAUCCCCUGCUUGUAGCAGAGAUGGCUGAGGUGCAGAGAGGGGUAAAGAACCCAUCUCUGGUCUUUAAGGGAGGUGAUGGCCAGGCUUGAGGGUCAAGUGUACUAGUGGUUAAUCUAUGGCCCAUCAUAGCCUACCAUGGGGCCACAUAGUCUCCCUCAAACCGUGAAGUGGAACCAGUUCAGCAUUCAUCCCUUGUAUAUGCAUUUAAGGAAAAAGAUGGUGUUUUGCCUAAUUGGCAAAUGAAAGCUUGUGGUUUGAUGGUAUUCAACAUGGCACUCGGUUUCUUUCUCUCUUGCAGACGAUUCAGUGUGGCUCUGAACCCGGUAGGUGCACUAGAAACAGGGCUUUACAUCAAAAGCACGGUUGGACCUAUAGGGGAUCCGAAUCCCGGCAGUAGGUCAUCAGAGACCAGGCACAGGGUGAACCAUUGCUUUGUUAGCUGAUGCGGGUGAAGCCUCUAUCUGCUCAAGGCAGAGCUCCCAGGGUUUCGGGUGGGCUGGACUCCUGGCAAGUUAGAGGCAAAGGAAGGGUGAGAAUCGCCAUGCAAGGUAAAAAGGGAAGCCUGCCACUCCUCGGAGGGAGAUCAAGUGCCAUGGGAGGGAUGUCACUUACAGUUGGGAACAGGAGGCAAAUGUUUUAGAGAAGAAGGAUUGUGGGAGAUUGUAGCAUUUGAAGAAUGGGUGGGCUUCUGCCCAAGAAAUGUGGAUGGACAGGGUGAGCUGGAGGAGAGAUGGUACCAGCAGAGACUAGGAGGUAGGAAAGGAGAGUCAUGGGGGCCAGCUGGCUGGAGUCCAGGAUGAGGUGUGGGGAAGGCAGGACUGAUCCUAAUAAACAUGUCAAAUAUAUUGGAUACACACAUACGUAUGAAGGGACCCGGAGUGGUUACACGUGCUCUGUAGGUUGGGACCAGGAGGUUGAGCAUCACCGCGGCUGCACAUCAACCAGCACUGAGAAAUGUCUGGCCUGCCUUAGCUGGAAGAAGAGAUGAAUUGUGAGAGGUGGUCGGGGUGGGUCACGUAGAGCAGGUGGCAUUGGAUUGGGCUGGGGAGGGGGGGAGGUCCAUGGGCAGUCUUGCCUUCUCCCAGGACCAUCUCCAGAAUGGAUGGUCCGACACACCCUGACCCCAGGAGACUUGAGGGAUCUCCGAGUGGAGCCUAUUAAAAGCAGUGUUGUGCUGGAGGACUAUUCAAUUUUGAUGAACAUAAGCUGGAUACUCCGGGCAAAUGCCAGCAUAUGCUUGUUGAAAGCCACCAAGAUCUGCGUGACGGGCAAAAGCCACUUCUAGUCCUUCAACUGCAUCAGGUGCAAUUACACUGAGGCCUUCCAGACUCAGACCAGACCCUCUGGUGGCAAGUGGACGUUUUCCUACAUCGGCUUUCCUGUAGAGCUGAACACAGUCUAUUUCAUUGGGGCCCAUAACAUCCCCAAUGCAAAUAUGAAUGAAAAUGGCCCCUCCCUGGCUGUGAACUUCACCUCACCAGGCUGCCUGGACCACAUAAUGAAAUACAAAAAAAAGUACGUCGAGGCAGUUAAUCUGUGGGAUCCAAACAUCACGGCUUGUAAGAAGAAUGAGACCAUGGUAGAAGUGAACUUUACAACCAGUCCCCUUGGAAACAGAUAUGUGGCUCUCAUUCAAACUACCACUGUAAUUGGGAUUUCUUAUGUGUUGGAGGUGCACCAGAAGGAACUAACUCGAACUUCCGUGGUGGUUCAAGGGACUGGGGAAAGUGAAGGUGCUGUGGUCCAGGUAAAGUUGAACGAGAUGCUCUGGGGAGGGGAGGAGAGGGGAAGGGCACUGAAAUCUUUGUUUUCUCCAGGCAGAAGUGUGCUGGGUGGAUGGCUGCCUCUCUUUCUUUCGGCUCUGCUGGUGGCCACGUGGGUGCUGGCGGUUGGGAUCUAUCUGACCUGGAGGCAUGAUAAGGAAAGGAUCAAGAAGACUUCCUUCACUACCACACUACUGCCCCCCAUUAAGGUUCUUGUGGUUUACCCAUCUGAAAUAUGUUUCCAUCACACAGUUUGCUACUUCACUGAAUUUCUUCAAAACCACUGCAGAAGUGAAGUCAUCCUUGAAAAAUGGCAGAAAAAGAAAAUAGCCAAGAUGGGUCCCGUGCAGUGGCUUACCACUCAGAAGAAGACCACCACAGAUAAGGUCAUUUUCCUCCUUUCCAAUGAUAACACCAUGUGUGAUGGUACCUGUGGCAAGAUGGGGGGCAGCCCCUGUGAGAACUCCCAAGACCUGUUCCCCCUCGCCUUUAACCUCUUCUGCAGCGAUCUGAGAAGCCAGACUCAUCUGCACAAAUACGUGGUGGUCUAUUUCAGAGAGGAUGAUACCAAAGACAAUGACACUGGGCUCAGUGUCUGCCCCACAUACCGCCUCAUGAAGGAUGCUACAGCUUUCUGCACUGAGCUUUUCCACGCCAAACGUGUGUUGAUGGGGAGAAGGGUGCACGCCUGCCACUACAGCUGCUCCUCCCUGUAGCCCAGACACGAAGCAGGAGACCUUAAAGCCUUCCUACUGCUCCAAUUACAGGAGGAAACCA